CGAGGCCGUGCGCCGAGCCGCGCCGGGGGCGCGGCCAGCAGUCGCCGCACGGUCCGCCGACGCCGCGGGACUACUGCCACAGCCAGGUGCCUCGGAGGCACGACCUGGCCAAGGAGUUCGACCAAUCUGAGCAGGCGGGGCCUCCGACCACUCUGAUGAUCAGGAACAUCCCGAAUCACUACACGCAGCUGACUAUGGUGCGCGAGCUGGAGGGACUAGGCUUCCAGGACUCCUACGACUUCCUCUACGUCCCCCUCGACAAGGGUACCAACGGCAGCGUCGGCUAUCCGGCUGCGCUGGCGCGCGUCUCCGCUGCCGCGUGUUGGGGGCAGAUGCGCGGCAGCGUCACAGGUUGCGGUGCGGCCGUGCCCCUGCAAGGGCUCGAGGCAAACCUUCGUCACUACCGCAACGCGGCCGUCACGAGCACUGGCAACCAGGGGAAGUGCAACGGCCCGAUCGUGAUCGCCAAUUUGGCGCGCUCGCUCGG